CUCGGGCUGCGACAGCUGCUCGAUGGAGGGACCCGGCUGGCAGCGGGCGGGCCCCUGCGGGACACUAGGCAAACGACAGCCCCACCCCGGCCAGUCCCCGCCGCAGCCCGGCUCGGGAGAUGGGCCGGGUCCCCGCCCCCAUCCCACCCCCGCGCCCUGGGGCGCAGGCCGGAGAGCCAACACCCUGCCUCAGCGGCUCGGUGCGUCCGGGUGGGGCGCAGGGGGCAGGCCUGGAAGGUCGGGGUUGCUGCGUGACCUUGGGGCAGACACUUGGUCACCUGGUCAUAAGAUGGUGAAGACCCAUUGAUCUGGUCCCCUCUGAAGGAGGCAGAGGUGAAACCAGCUUUGCACCCAUGGUUAACUGGGAUGAAGAGUCAGUGUGGAGGGAGCGCCUCAUGGAUCUAGUGCAGGUGAUAAAGUGGAUAUCCAGCAGACCCUGAGAGUUAUGGCAGGGGUGGGG